GCGACUGUAGCAAAGUUUCAAAAUGGCCGCGCUUACUACAGUACAUUUAUAAUUUUAAUUAUUUAUAUUUAUAUAUUUAGACAAUAAUAUAAAAUAAAUAUAUAUUUGUAUAUUGAUAUAAAUAAUGGAGGAGUUAUUGAAAAAUUUGGAAGAAAAAAUAGAAAGCGGUCAUAAAAUGAUGGAAAAAUUAAAAAAUCUUGAAAGAAAAAUAAACGGAGCUGAUAAAUUAUCACGUAAAAUAAAUCAAGAAGUCAAAUUUCUUACAAAGGUGCGAUCUACAGGUAACGUGAAGAAGGAAUAUCUCCAGAGUACAAAUUUAAUUCACUUGAAUGCAAUCAUCGAACGAUUGUUAAAAUCAAAAGAUGCAACGGGUGUCAUGAAACCAUUCAAAUUCAAAAAUUCACGACUGGAAGUUGACAUCGUUUGUGACAGCGGCAGCUCCUGGGUAAAAGUAAUCGCGCGAAACCCCCGAGCUCUGACGUUAAUUUCACAGGGCAACGGAGAAUUUGGUCAGAAAUCAGUAAUCGAUCAAGCCCAGUCUUAUCUAUCAUGUGCGAAUCUUCACCCCCAUCGUUACAAACCACCGGACAUCAUUUUUCACUUCGCUUGUGGCAUCGAAAACACCCUGGCGUUGGGACUCGAGCAGCUGGGAGUCUUGAUCGAGGGCCAAAGGAUUGAUUCCGUUGAACCACUUGAUGCUGAUGCGUCAAUUUGUCCAAGUCCGGAUGACAUCAACUUGUCGCUGGAGUCACUGGAGUCAUUGAGCCUCCAGACGAGUGACAUUAAGACACUUAAUCUCGAUGUAUCAACUUUACUUGCCUACGUCAGCAAUAUGACGAAUGAUAGAGCUAAUUUUGAUUACCUGGAGCCUCUGCUAACUCUGCAAGCUGAAUGGGAAAGACUGCGACCAGUUAAACCGGUUCUGGAUAAAAUAUUUAAUGGAAAAAAAUUAAUUGUUUGUAAAACGGCUUAUAAUAAUUUUAUGGAGAUCAUUAGGAUCAUUGGUGGAGUCAACGAGACCAAGAGAACUCAGGAAUUGAUAAAACGUGUUACUAUUGUUGAUGAUGCUGUUGAUGGCAGAGUUAUAGAUUUAUCAGUUGGUGGUAAAAUUAAAAAUAGAUCGAGAAUUGUUUUUGCUAGUGGAGAAAAAUAUAAAAGUAUAACUGUAUCUGCCAAUGAAGGUUUUGUACGCGCAGCAAGAAUGCAGGGCAUUGAAUGUACAGUAAUUUUACACGAGCCAAGAUCGUUAUCUGAAAUAAAAGAAAAAAAUGCAAAAGUUUUGGAGUCGUGACAAAUUUAUUGAAGAAUUAUAUUUAUAAUAAUUGGUAAUUUUUUAAAAUAAUUA